CUCUCUCUCUCUGGAAAGAUGGAAGUUCUGUUAGCAAUUUUAUGGCAGUUGGGUGAUAUGUUUGUGAAGGCACCUUUAUUAUCAUCAACAAUAUUCACAAUAUUAGGAGUGUUGGGAGGUUUUAUGUGGUAUUUUUACCAACCAUAUUUUAGUGUAAGAAAAAUCCCAGGGCCUCCCACUAUGCCCUUUGUUGGACACAUUCCUUUGAUGGCUAAACAUGGCCCUGAUGUCUUCUCUGUUCUUGCCAACCGCUAUGGUCCUAUUUUCAGGUUUCAUAUGGGCAGACAGCCUCUUGUAAUAGUGGCAUCUGCAGAACUUUGCAGGGAAGUUGGUGUAACCAAAUUCAAAAGUUUCUCCAACAGAAGCAUUCCUAUACCUUUAGCUGGAUCGCCUCUUCAUAUCAAAGGCUUAUUCAUGACCAAAGAACCAAGAUGGUCGAUGAUGCGAAACACAGUGCUAUCGUUCUUCCAGCCAUCGCGGAUCGCAGGAAUGAUCCCCGCAAUGCAAGACAUCAUUCAAUCAGCCACUGACAAUCUCGACUCCGGAUCAUUCACAUUUUCCGAAUUAACCCUCAAAAUCACCACCGACGUAAUCGGAAAAACCUCAUUCGGAAUGGAUUUCGGCCUCUCCAAACCAAAACCAACUGGAAACAACAACAACAACAACAACAACAACAACAACAACAACAACAACGAGGCAGAAGAAUUCAUCAAGGAACACAUCUACGCCACAACGCAACUGAAGAUGGACCUAACCGGGUCCGUCUCCAGCAUAUUAGGCUUCCUACUCCCCUUCCUCCAAAACCCGUGCCGCGAGAUUCUGAAGAGAAUCCCCGGCACAAUGGACUGGAAACUGGAGAGAACAAACAAGAGCAUCACUUCUCGGCUCGACCACAUCGUCGACAAGAGAAAAAAUGAUAAAAACCGAGGCACAAAAGACUUCAUCUCGCUCUUACUCAACGCGACCGAGUCAGAGAAGGCUGUGAGAAACCUUCUCACGCCCGACUAUAUAAGCGCGCUCACGUACGAGCAGUUGCUGGCUGGAUCCACAAACAUUUCUUUCACAAUCUCUACGGUGGUCUAUCUUGUUGCAGCCCAUCCACACGUUGAGAAGAAGCUCCUUCACGAAAUAGAUGCGUUCGGCCCUCGUGAUCGCCUGCCUACAUCCGACCAGCUGCAAAAUCAAUUCCCGUUUCUUGAUCAGGUGAUCAAGGAAACUAUGAGAUUCUUCGUAGUCUCUCCUUUAGUUGCAAGAGAAGCAGUAGAGGAUGUUAAAGUUGGAGGCUAUGAUAUUCCAAAGGGUACAUGGGUGUGGAUUGGGACCGGAGUUGUGGCUAAAGAUCCAAAAAACUUUCCAGAUCCGGAUGAGUUUAGACCGGAAAGGUUUGAUCCAGAGGGGGAAGAGGAGAAGACAAGGCAUCCUUACUCCUUCCUUGCAUUCGGAAUAGGGCCUCGAGCGUGCAUAGGCCAGAAAUUUAGCAUGCAAGAAAUCAAGCUCGCACUUAUCCAUCUUUACAGACAUUACCUGUUCCGUCACUCCCCACACAUGGAGACUCCCUUGGAAUUUCAGUAUGGGAUACUUCUCAACUUCAAAAAUGGUGUCAAGCUCAUAGCCACCAAACGCACUUGAAACCUAAUGCAAAUCUCAAAUGUAUGUGUUGUUUUGACUCAUGAUCAAAUAUAUAUUCAGCAUUUCUUCC